CAGUCCAUCGUUUGGUUCUCGACACAAUCAGCCCCGAAGCACAUUCUCGACUGCUAAAAUCGUCUCACUGAUCAACCUUAACUUUGGUAUCGGAAUCAUCAGGAAUAAUACUGUUUUAUCUUCCUCCAGCGCGUAUUUCUCAUGACGCGACGAUGGAUCGAGUGAUGAGCUCAUCAGAUUCCAGUUGACCUCAAAACCAUUCUCUCUGCAUCAUGACCCUCGUCUAUUCUUCUUAUCUGUGGACUCUCCAUACGUCCCGGUGAGGUAUGAAAUGCCCACCGGUCGGGGUCCACAAUUCCCGGUGUCCACGCCGGUAACACGGCCGGCGAUGUAUGCAUCAUAGGCACGAAAAGGAAUGCAGAUGAGCUCAAGCCAAAUGAAACAGGCAAUGCAUUUUACUUGGAUCCUCUCUAACAAAAGAAUUGUCUCCUAUCUCCCAUAGGACCUUCACCUUAUAGAGCCAAUACAGAUCAUAUCAUGUCUAUAGCCACCGUUAACAGUCCAUCAAUACAACCAUCCUCAAACCUUCAACCGACGACCAGAGAAUUCCAAUCCAAUACCCAAACCCUUCAUCCACACAUCACAUGCUUCUAUUCCCGCCUCAAUCCCAAAACGCCCCUCACCCAUCAAUGACAUCCAAUAAUCGUCAAUGGCUACACUUCUCCAGAUAUUCUGACGCGGGGAAGCUCCUGAUACUGUAGUUCACCACGUCAUCCCUCCAUCAUCCAAAGCUCUUAGAUCAUUGACCGAAGCCCUAUUAAAUAGCUAAACUCCCUCAAUUAACAGACUCCAAUAGACUACUUCAUAAUAAUCGCUGUAUCUGAAUAAGUCAAAAUGUCCAUGAGAUUGAUCCUUCGUCCUGUGGUGCGAAUCCCACUCCUCCGCCCCCAGAUCCGUCUUGCUACUACGAACCCUCACGCCCAUCCAGAUGGUAACCUCGGCGGUCCCGGAGGUCAGCAGCCCCCACCUGCACGCCCCGGCGGUCCGGAGGCCAUCACAAGGAACUGGAUGCCCAUAGCUGCAGCAGCAGGUGUCAUCGCAGGCGGCGUCUACAUCAUGCUCCCCACGCGAGGAAAAUCCCCGGAGAGAACUCUCGAGAGCGACAUGGUAGCCGCCAACUCGACGGCGAUUGGGUACAUCGGUCAACCAUCGGGAAAACCAGGUAUUGCUUCCCAUUACAAGGAGCUUCGAGACGGCAAGGAAGUCGAGUCGAUGAAGGAGUUGAGUGGGAGAAAAGGCGGUGGUUCAAUGGGGCCUUUCAGAGCGGAAUAGAUAACGAAAAAGUGUAUUCAUAACGGAGGCGACUUGCCCAGAGUAUCAAAUUGUCUAUCAUGCUCGAUGGAGCUGUAGCUGUACAUUAAUAAUAACACAUCGCUUACUUCUG